AUGGAAGAUUCCAGUCUCGUUGUGAGGCGUGCAACAUAUGUUGAAACAUAUCGUUUUCUGGUCGUUGUGGGCGAUCAGUCCAGCGCAGAGAGCCCCGUUCUCGAGGGUCUAACAAGGCAACCUCGCCUUCGAGAGAACGGUCUCUCUUCCAUUAAGGAAUUAAACCCAGUCGAAAACGCUAUGGGUAUUGGCGAUGUCGGCGACACAGGUAAAAAACCAUUCUCGGAGGACAUCCGCAUCGAAGUCUACGGGCCAAACCAAGAGCAUUUUAGCGUCACUGACCUCCCGAAUAUCUCUAGAAGAACGACGGCCGGAGUCUCCACCAAGGUAGAUAAGUCCACGGUCAACUGCAUGGCGCGCGGAUACAUGGAAACCCAAUAUCCGCCAUUCCCGCAACAAUACACACCAAGUAAAGACAAGAAGGGAAUUGACUCACUGCGACCACGGCUCCAGGAGAGAACGGCGUAUCAUAUACGUCAAGAAUUUUCUAAAGGUCACAAAAAGAUCAAAAGCGAGAUGAGACAGACAAUGAAAGAGGCAAGGAAAGCCAUUGAAAGUCUGGGUGCGAACGCAGACACCAGCGGAGCAGAGCCACUCCUUGACCAAAGCUGCCCUUUCGUCGCAACACAUCGUCUCGCUCGCUGCAUCGGAGUCUUCGGAUCGCCACUGAGGCGAUUGCUUGCAGAAAAAAUAUUUGCCCGUACGAUGGCCAUAGCGGGACAUGUCUCCUGCUUCGAUAUCGAUUAUCGCAAUAUACACAAUAGAGAUAAGUCUGAGGAGAAUCGCAUUGAUAAAGCUCCUUCUGUGGAAGGGUCAGGCCCUAGGGCACCGGGAGGAAUUAAUGUGAGAGUCAUUAAAGAUCACCCUGAUAUUGCUGACCUUCUCUACGAGGAAUAUCUCUGUGCCUUGGUCGCAUACCUGCGGAAUGCUUGUGUGGCUGAAAAAGGUUCAUACGGAGUCCCGCGGGUUUGA